AGGAGCUUCAUGCGCGCCCAGGCGCUCGCUCCAUUUCCUGCGCUGUUGCUGAGCUUUAUUUUUGUCUAAUCCUCGCAGCCGGGGUGGGGGGAGGCGUUGACUCCGCGGCAGCGUUGCAAGGGCGAUGCUCCGGGUUGGUCAGAGCCGCUCCUGAGGCUCCGCAGCUCGGAAGCGCCCGCGACGGCGUUUGGGCAUUGCCAGCCCUACAAAACGGUUCCGGAAUGGCGGUGGGAGCGCUGCUGCUGCGGGCCGUCAUUAUGGGCCCCCCUGGCUCCGGGAAAGGCACCGUCUCCUCCCGCAUCGUUAAGCACUUCGCCCUGAAACACCUGUCCAGCGGCGAUCUGCUGAGGGACAACAUGAACAAGGGGACAGAAAUUGGUAUCAUUGCUAAGACCUACAUUGAUCAAGGGCGACUUAUUCCUGAUGAUAUUAUGACCCAACUAAUGCUAACUGAGCUGAAAACACUAGAGCAGCACCACUUGCUGCUGGAUGGUUUUCCAAGGACUGUUCCACAGGCUGAAGCUCUGGAAAAAAUGUGUCCAAUCGAUACUGUGAUUGACUUAGACGUGCCUUUUGAGACCAUUCAGCAACGCCUGACAGCACGAUGGAUCCACUCUGCAAGUGGCAGGGUCUAUAACCUUGAGUUCAAUCCUCCCAAAGUGCCUGGCACUGAUGAUAUUACCGGUGAGCCUCUUGUUCAACGUGAUGACGACAAACCUGAAACUGUUAUGAAGAGACUGAAGUCUUAUGCAGCAGAAACCAGGCCAGUCUUGGAGUAUUACCGAAAGAAAGGUGUGUUAGAAUCUUUCUCUGGAACAGAGACCAACAAACUCUGGCCCCAUAUUCAUCGUUUUCUUCAAACCAAGCUGCCUGACGUGAGCCAGCAGGAUACUGCCAGACCCAGCUGAAGCAAGACCAGUCCCUGUAUUAUUAACUGGGUCUGCUUUUGAAAAAAACAAAUCUCACAAAUACUUAAAUCAUAGAUACUAGAAGGGGAAGUUGUAUCAUGAAGUAAUGUGCCAUAUUGAUCAACAGUCAAGUUAAAUCUGUAAAAAUACUACUUUUCAACUCUGUGGUAAUUUCUGAUAUCAAUUUUAAAGUGGUAUUUUCAUAUUAGAUGAACUUGAAUUUUGUAAAACUAAUUUAAUAAACCUUUUAAACAGAA